ACCUAUAUUACCCACCCUCCCAUCACUAUAGCCUAUGUUCUACCCUCUGCAACCAUCUUCACCUUAAGAAGCCCCCCACCAUAGAGCCCAGCUCUCCUACCCAACCACGAAGAAUGAACGCCGUAGAUGCGACAGAGCACUACGAAACCAGCGCACGCGAUCCAGCCCCCGCCCUCCUAACCGUAAUCCUCGACACCAACCCGCGCGCCUGGGCCCUCCUCGAAGACUCCCUCCCCCUCUCCCAAGCAAUAGCCAACAUCCUCGUCUUCCUCAACGCCCACCUAGCCUGCAACUACGCCAACGAAGUCGCCGUCGUCGCAUCGCACAACCAAAAAGCCACCUGGCUCUACCCAUCAGGUCACCACAACCCGACCCCGCAACCCAGCGAUGGCACGACCGACAGAGACGGGGACGUCGCCAUGAACGGGCCAGUCCCCGAAGGCACCAGCAAGGCACCGAACCCCGGAAAUGGCACCACCGGGACAGAAAUGAACAAAUACCGCCCCUUCCGCAUCGUCGAGGAACAAGUCACCCAGAACCUGCGGCACCUGCUCGAGUCCACCACCGGCGCCGACGUGCAAGCCACAUCCUCGACGAUGAUGGCCGGCGCCCUCACCCUAGUACUCAGCCACAUCAACCGGCGCACGAUCGCCUGGAAUGAAGCCCACGGGGGCGACACAUCCGGCCCGGCAGGCAGCGGCGACCGCCCCGGCGGCAGCGGCAGCGGGCCAGCCACAACCGACGCAGAGAGCCUGCAGUCUCGAAUCCUCAUCAUCUCCGUAAGCAGCUCAACCGACUCCGCCCACCAAUACAUCCCCAUCAUGAACGGGAUCUUCGCCUGCCAACGACUACACAUCCCCAUCGACGUAUGCAAACUCAGCGGCGACGCCGUCUUCCUGCAACAAGCGUCAGACGCCACAAAAGGCAUCUACAUGUCGUUAACAGAGCCCCGCGGCCUCCUCCAAUACCUAAUGAUGGCAUUUCUACCCGACCAGCGCUCCAGACGACACCUGGUGCAGCCGACACGGGUGGACGUCGAUUUCCGCGCGGCGUGUUUCUGUCAUCGGCGGGUUGUGGACGUGGGGUUUGUGUGCUCGGUCUGCCUGAGUAUCUUUUGUGAGCCGCCUGCGAAUGGCGAUUGUUUGACCUGUGGGACGAGGCUGGAUGUUGGUGAGUAUGGGGCUAGGCCGGCUGUUGUCGCGAGGAAGAAGACGAAGAAGAAGAAGGUUAGGGGGGGUGGGCCUUCGGGGGCGGCUACGCCGACGCCUACGCCUACGCCGGGCCCUUGAUUGGGACUUUGACUGGGACGUUGACUGGGACAUUUAUUGGGGCAUUGAUGGGGACAUUGAUUGGCAGAUUUUGCACCCGUU